AGAGAAGUAGAGGGCGUGUAAGCAUAUGAAUGGCGUGGCGUGCGGCACUAACACAAAUCGGCCCACGCUGUUUACUCCAUCGAGCGCCAAAUCAACCAACCCUCUCUCUUCCUUUUCAAUUUUUUUUCUCCAAAACCCAUUUCUCUGCAACUCUAGAUCUUCUCAUGCAUUCUCUUUUCAUUUCUUCUUCUUUCUUGUUGCUGAAACAUCUCCACUCUUCCUCCACAUCCUCACUUUUCUCCUUCUUCUUUCUUUACUGCAAUUGAUCCAGAUUAGGGUUAACUCUUCUCCAUCAUCAGAAUGUCGCCGGCGUCGACGCCUCGGAGCUCUGCUUAUCUUACCGCUUUGUCCCAAAAGAUUGAGAAGAAGCUUCAGCGGGCAUUAGCUUCCUCUUCACAGAGGCGAGAUGUACUGCAAGAAUUGUUUGCUGACAUAGCGUUAGAAGUCGAUGACCGAGCCAAAGAAAUAAUUCUCAGCACGGAGGAAGAUGCAAUUGCACCUGUGGAGCAUGGAAUGAAUGAUCCAUUAUGCUUUUACGAUGUUCUUGCUGAUUACUAUGUUCAGGUGCCAGAAAGCGGAAAACCAAUCCUUGAUUUGAUUGUCAAACUGUGGAGCCAAUCAUUUACAUGUCAUAUUUUCACCCUCUUAUUCCACAAAUGGCUCUUUGAAAUAGAUAUUGAAAAUUCAGAUGAAGUUCACCUCCGUAAUUCAUCAGCUCUUGUUCAAGGUGCCACAAAUAUCUUCUGGCUUGAUAUUCAGGCAAACACUACUCGGUUUAAAUCUCUCUUUCAUUAUCUUCUUGAAGAAGUUGCAUUUCAACCUGCCCGAUUGAACAAAAUUCCCAUACAGGUUCAAAGAGAUCUUUUUCUUUUACUUUCACGGUUCUUAAUUUUCUAUGAUUCAGAUGGUAAGCUCGAGAGUUUUUUGAAGCAAUUUCCUCCUUUCCCAAAUGCUAUACUAGUUGGUGGUCCAGCUGACUUGUUUGUGAUUGAACUUACUGAUCAGAUUCAAAAGUUGAAGGUGGAACCUGUACUGCUGCAUUAUCUUUCACACCUGAUUGUUCUCCAAGUUAUAGGUAUGGAACUCAGAAUGACUACAAGUACAAGGCUAAAAACUUGUUUGUAUAGCUUCACCUCUCCCGGUGGCCCUAUGUAUCCAACCAGAGCUGUUCGACAUGCUGCAUGGGAUGCACUCGAUUUGCUAUUUCCAGUUGGACGAUAUCCUAGGCAUCUUAUAAGCCUAUUUUUCAGAUUAUUAUACCCAUGGUACUGGCCCUCAUCUUGUUGGAACUUCGUAAUAUCAUGUAUAAGGGCAGUAUUUCUUUCCUUGUUUCGAUUCGUCUUUUCGAGAUUUGAGAAUCCGAAACGGCACAAGUCUUUCUAGGCACAGAAACUCAUAAGUUUGUAUAUGUACACAGACAUAUUUUACCCUCAGGUCAUGCUGUCCCCCUUUUUGCUGGGGCCUGUGUGUGUAUGUAUCUUUUACUGAUUCAAACCCAUCUUGUGAGGACUUUCAUUCCCAGCUUUUAUUGCCAAGUGUCCAAGAGGAGACAACAACCAAUAAAAAAAAAAAAAAAAAAAAGAACAUUAUUUGAUUCAAUGGAAAUUUCCCUUGGUUGAUUUCUUCA